AUGUCGACAAUUCAAGAGCUCAUUACUACAUUAUUUAAUUUAGUAUUAAUCCAAUAAUACUUUUUGAGAUUGUUAGUGAUGAUGACACCUGUACAAAAAAUAGAUACCUAUAAUCAAGUAGUUUAAUUGAACAAUUGAAAAUAAUAAUUGAAAUAGUAACUUAAUUUUAACAUAAAAAAACAUUUGAAGCUUAUAAAGCUCUUGAAAAAGAACUUCAAAAAUAUGAAUCUGAAGUAAGGAAUCAUAUUAGAGUAUUUAAAUUGUUUUAUACUAAAGGAUGAGUAUCUAAUGCAGUAGAAUUAAGAUGAUUUAAUAUCAAGACUAGAAGAAAUAGAAAGAGAAAAAAAUGAACUUUUCAGCAACACUAAAUUAACUAUUAUUGUAAAUUAUUUAUAAUCAUAUUGAGAAAUUAAAAAGAGAAAAUGAAGAAUUGUAUUAAAAAGUUAAAUAAUUAACAUUUGAAAUAUAGUAACAUAAAAAUCUCACUGAAAAACUUUUAACUCAUUCUGAAAAAUGUAAAGCUAACGAUUAUCUGACACAUGACUCUACAAAAAUUAGUUAGACUAAAUAUUCAACAAUAGAUAACCAUAAUUAAAAGAUAAUCAAAUUAAAAACACAUACUACUCCUAAAAAAUUGCAUACUGAAACAUCUGUCGAUAUUUCUGUUAUUGCAGCUAUAAAUUAAAAAAGAUUAAGUUAAUAAAUGAUUAAACAAAAUUAUUUUUAAAAAAAGGGAUCAAUAACAUAACAUUAACACAUUAAAAAAAAUAGACGAUCAUGUUCGUUUGUAAAUUAAUAAUUGUAAAUAUUAUUAUAUUAUAAUUAAAGGAAUUUUUUGACAACAAGCAUGUGA